AUGGAAGUUACUUGUAACCCACCUAAGAAAAUGGAAUUUGUGAUAUCAAAAAGCCCUAUCCCUACAGAGAGAGAAACUAGUGAUUGUCCAGGAUAUGAAUUUAAAGAUGAUGCACUCAACCAUGCUUGUGAGUGGACAUGGACAGACCUACAAAUGUCUCAUGAAGUGUCUCCUAUUAAAGUUUUGGCUAAAGAAAAAGUUGGCAAGGGUAAGCCUUUUGUCCCUAGAAGAAGUGUGAGGAUAAAUCAGCCCGUUGGAACCUUUUCAAAUGCACCUAUUGUUCCACCACCAUCCACUACAAGGAAUACUGAGCCAAGUUCUACUUUCUCUAAUGCACCAAAUGUCCCAAUGUGUACUGCAAACAAAGCAAGCAUGGUUCUGCAGAAGAUACCUAGAACCACUGCCGUUAGGAAGGGGUUAAUGAUACCUAGAGUCACACCUAGUCUAGUUAUCAAUUUAUCUCAGCCAUCUCAGCCAACUGUUGAGCCCAUUAUUGAACUUGUAAUCAGUUUAUCCCAAGCUAUUAUUGAACCUGUAAUCAAUUUAUCCCAACCUAUUACUGAACCUUUACUCAGUUUUUCCCAACCCAUUACUACUACUGAAGUUGGUGAAAGUAGCGUCGUUCAAUCUCAAAAAAAGAAAAAGGGAAAUAAUAAAAAGAAGAUUGAGGAUGAUAUGGAUGAUAUGGAUGAUGCCUCGGAAGUAGAUGAUGAUGAUGAUAUUAUGGAGGGAGAGGAUGAUCAGAUGAAUAUGCCUAUGAUUCAUGAUGAAUAUGAUCCAUAUGAAGACCCUUGCUUUGAGAAUGAUGGUGAUGAUGUAGCUUAUUUUAAUAAGUUAAUUUGGGAACAUAGUAAUCAAGCCUUGGAUGAUCUUACUGACAAGGAACAUUUCAAAGGGGUGCUGAGAGACUAUUGUAUCCAAUCCGGAUUUUCUUUGAUUGUUGAUAAGUCGAGUCCAUCUAGAUUCACAGCUAGAUGUAAAGAUUAUCAUUGUUCUUGGAGGAUUUACUCAAGUAGGUUGCCUGAUGGAACGACUUGGGCUAUAAAGAGUAUUCAAAAUUCUGAACAUACUUGUAUGGGAUUAGAUGACAGGAAUCCUUUAGUAAAUGUGAAGUUGGCUGGAGUGAAACUAAUGAAUGAUAUCAGGGCUAAUAAUGAUAUUUCUGGAAAGACCUUGAAUGAGUUGUUGUGGCAAAGGUUUGGUAUUACAAUGGCUACUAGUACAGUGUAUUGCAUGAAGAAUUGGGCACUGAAGGAGCUUAAUGGAGGAUAUGAUGAGUCAUAUGGUUAUCUUCCAAAAUACUGUGAAAUGGUGAUGAUCACUAAUACUCGGUCAGCAGCCUUCUGUGCUUGGAAAAACCAUAAUGAACCAGAGAGACCAUUGAUCUUCUCCAGCAUAUUCUUAUCGUUCAAGGGUGCAAUUGAUGGUUUGCAUGCCGGUUGCAGAAGUCUUGUAGGAGUUAAUGGAGCCCAUCUGAAAGGGAAUUUUGGAGGAAUUUUGUUUACUGUUGCCCUUGAUGCUAACAAUGAAUUGUGGCCAUUUGCAUGGGCAAUAGUUCCCGGUGAGGAUGCAGACAGUUGGAAAUUCUUUCUUUGGCACUUGAAGAAGAUUUUGAAGGAAGGGAAAAGGGGAGAUGAUUGGUGUAUAAUAUCUGAUAGGCAAAAGGGGAUUGAUGUGGCACUUAAUGAAUUAUGGCCUCAGGUAGGAAGAAGAUAUUGUAUCAAACACUUGGUAAAAAAUUGGCAAAAGCCAUUUCCUGGACCUCUUAUGCAUUCUUUAUUUUGGAGGGCCUGUAGUGCAACUUCUCCUUUCACUUUCAAGAAAGCCAUGGAGAAAUUGCAACAGACAAAUCAUUUAUCCUUGAUUUGGCUAUCCAAACUGGGAGGCCAGUCAAGAUGGUCAAGACAUAAAUUUGAUCCUAAGAUAUGCACCAAUGAGAAUAAGACUAACUUUGUGGAAAGUUUCAAUGCCACGUUGGGUGCAGAUAGAUGUAGACCUGUGCUAACGUUGCUUGAAGGGAUCAGGAGGGUGUGUAUGGUGAGAAUGGCAACUAGAAGGCAAAAUUGUGAACAUUGGGACAACAAUGAUUUGUGUCCCAACAUUAGGGUGAAAAUUCAACAGUGGUUUACCAUGCAGGCAUUCCAUGAGAGCCAUUAUUGCCCGAGGUGAUGACCCACACAAUUAUGCAAGUAGUUGGUAUUCAGUAGCAACAUACAAGCAAGCUUAUGGAAACAACAUCAACUCAAUCCCAGAUUAUGAGCAGUGGCCAGAGAAUGAUAUGCCUACAAUCCUUCCUCCAAUAAUGAAGAGAGCCGCAGGAAGGCCAUCAAGGAAUAGAAGGAGGGAAGAUGGUGAGAAGGAGAAAGGAAAGAGAUCAACCACUGUGCAGUGCAAAAAUUGCAAGUGCUUUGGUCACAAUUCAAGAACAUGUAAGGGUGGGUUAACAGGAAGGGAGAAAAGGUAACUUGCAAAAAAACAAACAGUUGCAUCACAAUCUGAUCAUGCUGAUAAGGGUAAAAAGAAGGCUACUCUAUGUGCAUCCCAGCCAACACCUAGCAACUCUACUCGUGCCGGUAAGGGAAACAAUAAGGCCUAUGCAUCUCAGCUAACUCCUAACAUCUCUACUCAAGCUGGGAAUAGGAAGAGGAACAAUCAGGAGUCUGCAUCACAACCUAUUUCAACUUCUGUCAGCAAGAGAAAGAAAAAAACAGAUGCCUAGUUUUGUUUCAAGUUAAUUUUUGCUGGUUAUCUUGUCAUAUUUUCUUCAUGUGUUUAUUUAUCUAAUUAAAGUAGAACAAUGAAAUUUGAUUUUGGUAAAUGAUAUAUGUCAACAUCUGUAGUAUUUGAACAAGACAUUUUUGUCAGAAUUAAGUUUUGAAUUUGAUACUCUAAUUGCUUAUUUGAUACUUAUUUCUUUGAACAAG